AUGUCGAUACUGCAAAAAUACCACCGAAUUACUUGCUUCGGGUCGCUGCGGAGAGAACAAAGUCACAAACCAAGUUUCCCGGUAUCCUCCCCUUUAUAUUCCCCCCCGAAGGGCGCGAAACGCUCGGCUGCUCCCCGAGAGCAGCGGCCGCCCCCAGUCCCGAGACCUCCCUUUACCCAAAAGCCGACCGCCGGCGCAGCGGAGACCGUCCCGGCGCGCUCCCUCCCGCCUAGCGCGGCCCACAGGAGGCGCGGGGAGGCCGUGGCCGCGGGCCAUGUGCCGCAGGCCCCUUCCCGGCCGGGCCCGCGCCCCUCACGGCGCAGCACGUGUUCCUGCGAGAACACAGGCGGCCGUGCGCCGCGCGUCCGCGCGUCCACCAGGGGGCGCCGCCACAACCGCCGCGGAGGUCACAGCCCGGCUACGGCGUGCCGCCCCCCGCCCCCCACCGCCAGACCGGGCCCGCCGAGCCCCGCGGCCCAGGCGGAGGGGAAGGGGCCGGGCCCGCCCGCUCCCGAGGGCCGCCCGGAUGGGAAGGGGCCGCGGCGGGGGGAGGGGAAGCGGCUCCCCGGGCCGCCGCUGCCCACACGCGGCUCCGGGCCUAACAGGGAACAAUCGGCCCCAGCACGCAGCCGCCGCCAUGUCCCCCGCCUCCUCCCCCUCCCCAGCAACAUGGCGCCGCCGAGGCCCCGCAGCUGCCGCCGCGCCGAUUUCGUAACGAAGCCCGUGGCUCUCGGGCAGCGCGGGGCCCUCCCGCGGCCCCUCUCUCGCCCGCCCGAGGGAGGCGGGAGCCCGUGCCCCACCGCCCGCUCUCCCACGCCGCCGAGGAGCGCGGCCCGGAGGAGGGGAGGAAGAGGAGGGCCCGCCGCCCCCGCCCCUCUGCGAACAAAAGCCCACGCGGAGGGGCCCGGGACGCGCUCGCAGCCCGCGGCGCUGCCCCCCUCCCCGGGGCCCCGCGCCCCCUCCCCCGGGGGGCGGCGGAGCACAAAGCGCCUCCGCCGGGAACUCCCCGAGAAGCCCCCCCCUGCCCCUCCCCGCCGCCUCCACCUCCCGCGUUACCGCCGCUGCCGUUCCCGAGCUGGGCGUGGGCGGCGAACGGAGCCCCCGAGCCGCCGCGGCCUCUGCCCCAUGUGCCGCUUUGUUCUGGCGCCGCCAGCUCCCCCCCGCGCCGCGCCGGGCACGCCACAAACUUUCCCGGCCGGGCCUCGGGCCGCCGGGGCACGGCCCCCGCCCGCAACCACCGCGGCCGCUGCCAUUGUGCAGCGCCGCCCGCCCGGGGGGCUCGGCCGCUCCCCGCGCCGGGCCCGGGCCGCGGCCGGGGGGGAGGAAGGGGAGAAAGGGGGCGGCGGGGCUCGCCGCAGCGGCGCGAGGCGCGCACGCUUUUCAAAUCUCCCUCAUUCCGGCCCCUCCCGCCCCGUGUGCGAGCUCGGGAGGCGCCGUCGCCGCCGCCGCGGCUGCCAUGCGCCCUGCUCCCGCUCUCCCCCGCCGCCCACCCACUCACCCACACACCCACACCCCCUCCCGCCGCCCCGGCCACUCACAGCGGCCCGUCCGCCCGCACCCCCCGCGCCGCCGCCGCGCUGCCCCCCGCUCCUCACCGCCACGGCUCUGCCGGCGGCCACGCGCGCGCGGCAGUGA